GAGCGUCGGGACGCAAAGUCGACAGUAGUCACCCCCAGUUUCUAAGGGCAGGUGGUUUUAAAUCGGUGCGAAUAUAUAAUCUCAUUCGGGUUUCCAGUUUCUCUCAUAAAAUUCACUCGAGUCUCGAUUGGAACGAGGAAAAAAAUAAGUGAUUAAAUUUGAAGUAAAUGAUGAAAAAUUUGUGAACACACUGCGAAAAAACACGACUAAUUUUCGUCAUAAGUUCAAAAUUUACACAAGUAGUAACACGUACAUUGUUAUUGUUUAUUAGUUUUAAUCGUCCGGGUGAAUAUAUUGAUGCAUACAGCAGAAUUUAUGAAAAGUAUAUUGUGAAAUAAGUGACGGUCGUCGAAAAUUAAUUAACAGAAGUGCGUUCAAAAGGGGAGGUUUUUUUUACUCUCACGAAGAUGAGAUUCAAAAGCAGCACCAGAUAGAUCCUGGACGGUACAGACGAAAUAACAUCCGGGGGAUGGAGGUGAAAAUUAUGAGUGCAUCAUUGUCUGAAAUAUGAAAGUUCGGAUGUGAAUAUUUUUCCAAAAAAUGUCUCGAUUUCAAAAGUGAUUCGUUUACAGCGCGAGAACAUAAGCGUUUUCAUCGUUCCAUGUAAAAUAACCAAAAGUAAAAUCAACCAAUCGAAAUAAAAAGAUUCGAAAAAAACACCCACUCGAAAAACUUCGUCAAUUCGAAAGUGCAACAGCGGAUACACGAUACUCGGCUGAGAUAUUCUCGGGGUGCGGAGGAGCGACGAAUUUGACAUUGGUGACGGGUGAAAAAUUUGGCGGGUUGUUAUCGUGAGUUUUUCAGGGCUGUUAGAUACCCGUGUGAGUGUAUAAAUAGGUGUUUUUCAAUCGGUGAUCGGCGGCCAGGACGGUGAACGGGGGACAAGUCACCUAAGGGUAGGUGGGGGGAUGCGGCGUGCAGGGGGGGCGGCAUGGAGGAGCCUUCGCUGGAGGCUCUCAUGCAGGCGAGCCUCAUCUUCGUGGUCGGCGUCGCCAUCAUACUUUCUAAUUUACUCAUCAUCGCCACCUACCUCAACUUCCGCGGCCCCAGCGAGGUGAUAAACUACUACUUGUUAUCCUUGGCAUCGGCGGAUCUGCUCUGCGGAUUGCUGGUCGUCCCUUUAUCGGUUUAUCCAGCUCUGGUGAGAAGAUGGGUGUACGGGGACAUCGUUUGCCGACUCAUAGGCUACCUGGAGGUCACGCUCUGGGCAGUUUCGGUCUACACGUUCAUGUGGAUCUCCGUCGACCGGUAUCUAGCGAUCAGAAAACCCCUGAGAUACGAAACGGUGCAAACAAAAACGCGCUGUCAAUGUUGGAUGGCGUUCACUUGGAUAAGUGCGGCAAUGAUGUGUUGUCCGCCUCUGUUGGGUUUCAACAAGCCGAUAUUCGACCACGAAGCUUUCAUCUGCAUGUUGGACUGGGGGAACAUGGCAGCGUACACGGUAACCCUGUCGAUCCUUGUGCUCGGACCGUCGGUGAUAACGAUCGUUUACACCUAUUACUACAUAUUCUCAAUGAUGAGAAAACUGAGAUCGGGAGUACCGAUACACGACAAGGAAUACGCAACGGCUCUGUCAGAAAAUCUGAGCAAUCCUAGUCACAUUAUGUCCUUUGUACUGGUCAUGACAUUCUGGGCAUCAUGGGCGCCAUACGCAGGCCUAAGGCUUUACGCUGUCGUCAACGGUCCGCCACAGGUACCAUUCUUAAAUUUUGCGGUCGUUUGGUUCGGGGUAACAAACAGUUUUUGGAAAGCUGUCGUCCUCGGUACGCUCAGUCCUCAAUUUCGACUCGCGGCUCGCGUACUCUGUCUCACGUUAUGUUGCAGACACCGAAGACUUCCCCCCGAACUUUUGGGUCUCGAUGACGACGAUUGAACAAUUUUACGAAAAUCAAAUGAUAACAUUAAGAAUAACGAUAUGAUAUUGAUAAUAACAGUAAUAAUUAUACACCUAUUCAUUCUGCUUACAAAAUAUUAACUGCAGUGAUAUUAAUUAUUAUUAUCAUUAUUAUUGGCCCGGUGCGUCAGUGAUGUUAAUAACAAUGAUAACAAUAAUAUCAUAAAUAAUCUACACGCCGCAUUCCUAGAGCAUCUGCAACACUUAUAUAUAUAUAUGUACUUAUAUACCUAAUAAUAAAUUAUAGGUUCAACCCAUCUACUUUAUUACUAUUAUCCAUACAAUUGAAUAAUUAACGAUAACAUAUUGUAAGUAAUAAAAUGACAAUGACACCCAGUUAGUAAUAUAAAUUUGUUUUCCUUUUUUUACAACUUAAUCGUGGUUAUUUGAAAAGCUUGAAAAUAAGUAUAUAAGAUUGGACUCGGUAGAUACCUUGCAUAUUCUUUUUCUUUUUACUUUUUGUCGAAGGAGUAAUUUAUCAUUCUGACCGUCUCUGAUUUUUCGUCUCCCUGUGGACAAAAAUACAAAAAAAAAUUAAAAUGACGAAAAACCUAACCGAUAAAAAUAAAGAAUUCGAUGAUGAGAUAUCCGAUACGUUACAUCGAUCAGCCGGUGAUUUUCAUUUGAAUAUAUGAUAUUUAAAUAAUAUAAAAUUACACAUAAAUUCAAUGAUAUUAUAACCUCGCUUCGCUCAAUUUAGCGUCUGUUAAACUUACCUAACUCGAAGAAAAUGAUGAUGAAAAUUCAAAAGAUUUCGCGAACGAAAUGGUAAUAUAAAGGGAGAAAGAAAAAAAAGUAAAAACUGUAUCAUAAUUGCUAUUGAUUAUACGAUAAUAUAUAGAUACUUAUAUUAUAACUAUAAUUGUUCUUUAACUCAUUAUUACAUCUACUAUGACAAGAAAAAAAAAAAUAUAUAUAUAUAUUAUACACAUUUACGAUAUUAUACACGCGUUACAAUCGUUCAUAAGAUCACGCUCAAUAAGUGUUUUUAGCGAGCUAAAAAAAAAAAUUCAAAAAUAAUUCAAAAAAACUAAAAAUUAAAAAUUGAAAAAACCAAAAAAUAGAAAAAAAUCAUGUAAAAAAUACACGAAUAUAUUUCCCCUUUUCAUCCCUCGGAGGAAAAAAAAAAAAAAACGGAAGAAGAACAAGUGUUGACGAAAAUUAUUGAAAAUAUAAAAAUGUAUGUAUAUAUUCACAUGUAUAUGAUCUAAAAGUUAGCGCCCAUAAUGCGAAGAAAUUUUGAAAAAGAAAAAAGUACCUAGUCAAUUACAGAGAUGCCUCUACGAAUGUGACGUGUCAAAAUAGAGAAACAUAUGGAAUAAAAAGAGAUAUAGAAUAAAAUUUAAAGAACAAAAAAAAAAGCCGUACAAAUACAAAAAGAUAGAAGCUUAUAUCUUAGAACACGAUAACGCCUUGCAUGAAGGUCUUAACCGCGUAAAUAUGUAUGACGGCGUAUCUUUUCAUUUUUUUAUUCUCAUUUCUUUCCAAUCGCGCUUUCUCUGUAUCGUUAUAUAGAUUGAUCAUGUACGAGAUGCGGUUGACCCUUUGUUACAUAGAAGUGAAAAAAAUUUACAUGUAUUGCAAUCGGUAAAAAGAUCAACAAAAAAGCAGAAAACCAAAUGUGGAACACGAGAAAACAAUUUAACAAAAGCAAAGUGGAAGAAUUAUAGAAGAAAAUGAAUGUGCUGCCGGAGACGGAAUGAAAAAUUGAAAAAAAAUCAAAAUAUAAAUUACAAAUACGUAACGAGAAAGGAAAAGAAAAUAAUAGAAUAACAGUAUAUAAAAAAGAGAAUAGAUGAGAAAAUGACGGGCACGGGUAUAUAGUUUGUGAUAGAUAGUUUUUUGCGUCGGUCAGGUCCACGGAAAUGAUGUCUCUUCCCCGUUUUAAAAAUUGAAAUUUUUCAUUUUUUAAUAAUAAUAAAACGUAUGCGGGAUUUGUGCGUGUGUUGAUUACGGUUUUACAAUAGUAUAGAACAAUCGUUCGAAAAUCGAUGUUUGCCGGGAUAAAAGAAGCAAAAAGAAAGUAACUACUAUGCGUACGUACCGUAUUUGUUAGGAUGCAUUCGAAGAAAAAUACUCGCAUAAGUAUCCCGUGUACGAAUUAUAUCAAAGGGAUAUGAGUAGGCUGUUCUUUGAUUCUAUAUGUUGUCUAUAUACAUGUUGUAAAAUAAUAAUCAUAAUAAUAUCUCGUUCAUUAUUGUUAUUAUAUGAUAAAAAUUAAAAAGCAGUUACGCGUAGCGCAAUCAGCGGCAGUCGCAAAGACCCAGCUAUAUAUUAUAUAUAUAUAUAUAUUGUAUACAUAAAAUAAAAAAAGAUUGAAAAAAUAAUCGAUACUAAAAAUAACAGAGAAUCAAUUAAUGAUUACUAGUAAGUAUCCAGCAUCACAUAUGAUAUAUUAUAAAAAAAAGCAAAGAUCGUUUUUAACAGGUUGAAUAUAAUAAAAGUAGCAAGAAAAUUACGAAAAAUGAUUCAUCAAGAAUACAGAACAAAAGAGGAAGAACAAAAAGAAUUCCCGAAUUCAUGCUGAUAAUUUAACUCAAAUCUAGGUCAUUAUUAUCUAUGUAUCUCGAAUAUGUAUUGAGAAAUAUAUUUCACGUUUGUGUGAAAUUGCUUACAUACAUUAUAUACUUAUAUUUAAUAUGCGUAUAAAAAGAAACAUCGCACCCUCCGGAUUAUCGGCGAAUGAGUGAUACGAAAAUUAGCCACAAUAGAAAUAUUAACGACGUAGAUAAUGAAAAAAAAAAAAGAACAAAUCGUAAAAACGACAAUUCAUGUAAUAAUCGAAGAAAAAAUAAGAUACGAAAGUCUAGAUAAAAUCAACAGAUCGAUGGCCUGAGCCGCAGAUAUUAUCUAUACAUCGGUAUAUAUAUAUGUAUAUAUAUGUACACAGAACGUGUAUCCUAUCGUGAGAAUUGCGAGUGCGAUUUGCACAUAGGUAUAGUUAUAGUUGUAAUAUAAAUCUAAUGAACGUUCGUGAUAAUUGAUUAACGCGGAUUGAUUCGUUAAUUGAAAAUAACAACAUAAAAAAGUAGGAUCGAAAAUUGUUUAUGCCAAAUCAAAGAGACAUCCGAUCACGGUGUGAUGUUUAGACGUAUAAUGCAUAUUUGAUUCUAGAAUAAAAUUAUUAUACCGAUCUUAACCCAGGUAAAUAUCUACACGUUUUAUUGAAAAAAUAGAAAUUUUCAUAAGAUUGCUUUCGCCUUGAUGCUUUUUAAUGAAAUAAUUGUAAUGACGAUAGUAAUAUCAACAACGGCAUCAACGGUAAUCAUAUAUUAUUGAUGAUAAUUACUAACAUCAAGUAGAAAACAUCAAAUCGAUGUUGUACGUUUUGGGCUGGUAGAUCUGAAUCUUCUUUGUUAUAAUAUGACUUAAUCGAUGAUAAUAUUAAUCGUGCUCACGGUAUUCCAUAAAUUUUUCCAAUCUCGGAAUAUUCAAUUUUCAAAUACAUGAUAAAAAGCGGCUUCAGCUUCGUGCUUCGCUUUAUAAACUGUUGAUAAAAUAGAAUUCAUUUGUUUAAUACCGUCUGUGAACGUGCAGAGUAAGAGCAGAAAUGAUCUUGAAAAAAAAAGAAUCGAUGUAUAAAAAUUGAAAGAAAAGAUAUCCCCAACGAAACAGUAUUAUAUUUCUCAGUGAUAAUAAUGAUAGAAGUACCCGUAUAUAAUAUGUGAUUGUUUGCAGAAAAAUGAAGGAAUUCGAGUCAAACGAGAAAUGAAGUUAAUUAAUCAAUGAAUCGAUACACAAAUAAUAAUACGUAAACGAAUAACAAAGAAUUUUAGUACCGAGGGCCGGAGGGUGCGAUUCUCGCGAAUCCAGGCAGAAACAAAAACUACAGAUACAUAUAGGUAUAUAGAUAAAACAUAUAACACGAACGAAUGUAGAAAAAAAGAAGUAAUUAAAUAAAACAAAAUGAAUAAUGAUCGAAGAAGGGAAUAAGAUGAGAAUGUAGAGAAGAAAACGAAAAAGAAAAUAGAAAUAAAAAAAACUCUGGUCUCCUGGCAGUUUCCCGGGCGGCCUUCAUUAUUAAUUAUUAAUUACAAUUUUUGUACCUAGUUGCUAGUUUUGUACUAGUUUUGUAACGUACCUCAAAAUGGACGUGCUGUUAUUACAUAUUUUAAUGAUUGUUAAACGUUGAUUGAUGACUACAUUGUACGUGUUCACGUUGUAGUAUUACGAGUGCAGGUUACGAUGACGAUGCAGAAUAUGAUUGUGACAAUGAUAGCGAGAUAACGCUUGCAAUUAUCCCGAUAAAUUGGGUUCCAUCGGAGAUUCGAAUAUCGUGAAUAACUUCGUGUACUUACAUGUAUUUCGAGGGGGUGUGGUACCGUUAUUGACGCGCCAAAUCCGAUCGCUUUCUCAAUUAUUUGACAAACAAUCAUCGUGUCUGUUUCGAGAUAUGAAAGAUCAAAAAACAAAUUUCUUUCUUUUUACAAUCUAUUUGGGAUAAAUUUCAUAAUAAUAUUCACAGCCACAGGGUGUGCAAUACCGUAAUUUAUAACGACAAAAUGCAGCCACGAAAAUGUUAUUGAGCUUCAGUAUCACGAGAAGUGCCACACUCGUCGUAUGUUAAAGUGAUUAAGAUUUCAAACAACGCAUAUUAGAAGUCGCUGGCUGCUGCGAUUGCUCGUUUUGAUCGUUAAUUUAUUUACGUGAUAUACUCUUCAACGGUCAAUAUUAGAGGCGGUUUUCGAUCCCCUGCAAAUCUCCAACCGGCUCAGCAAGCUCAAAUGGGAUAUGACUUUUUAUUUUUUAUUUUCUGAGCACAGUUGUUUAGAAUUUUCGCAAUCACGCUGCAAUAUACGAUGUAUGAAUAAAUCUAUUUAUCACGAUUAUAAUCAUUAUAAACUCUACUUGUUGUUAUCGAUAAUAGACGUUGAUAUAAUAUAUAUAUAGUGUGCCUUAGCUGAUGGAAUAGAUAAAAUUUAAUAAAUUAAUAAUUAACAAUGAUGAUGAUUAUACCUGAUUUCGGAAAAACAAUAAAUGAAUAAUGAAACGAAAAAUAAAAAAUUAGAAACGUUCAUACCCAUGUGAUGAUUAUCUCCGUAUAAAAUAAUCGGGAAAUACAAAAAUCGUACAACUGAUGCGAUGUAAGCUGCAGCGUAGAUAUUAGAUAGGUAUAUCUAUGGCUGCAGUUUACAUUUCGGUUAUUUAUUUAUUUAUCGAUUUUCUUUUUUUUAACGAUACAGUGAUACACGUACAUAUAAUAUGAAAUGCAUAUGAUGUAAUUCGAGACUUCUAUGUAUGCUUCUUUUUUUUCAAUCUAUUGAGCGGGCAAACGCAGCAUCGAUAAAUGUGCGGAAGAAACAAAUUUUGAAUAGUCACUCGAAGUUUAAUGAUACAUAUAUUACGUAAAUAUAUAUAGUAUUAUAUUACAACAAUAUACAUGUAUGUACGCUGAUUGAAAUGGCGAUGAAGAGCGUUGAGUUUAACGAUGGCGGUAUAAUAUUAAAAAUUAUUAUCCUAGAAGCUAGAGUAGCGGAUUCCGAUAAUAAACAGUGACAACGUAGAUUCUGCGAUUUCAUUCGAAACCAAAAAAAAGAUAACAAAAUUUU